UAUUGUGUUGGUUCUCCUUUUGCUGCCGAAACAGCCCUGACCGGUCAUGCACUGUGUAUUCUGACACCUUUUUAUCAGAACCAGCAUUAACUUUUUUAGCAAUCACAUGGACCAGUCUUUGCGCUCCAUGUGCAUCAAUGAGCCUUGGCCACCCAUGACCCUGUCGCCGGUUCACCACUGUUCCUUCCUUGGACCACUUUUGAUAGACACUGACCACUGCAGACCGGGAACACCCCACAAGAGCUGCAGUAUUGGAGAUGCUCUGAUCCAGUGGUCUAGAAAUCACGAUUUGGCCCUUCGUCAAACUCGCUCAAAUCCUUACGCUUGUCCAUUUUUCCUGCUUCUAACACAUCAACUUUGAGGACAAAAUGUUCACUUGCUGCCUAAUAUAGCCCACCCACUAACAGGUGCCAUGAUGAGGAGAUCAUCAGUCUUCACUUCACAUGUCAGUGGUCAUAAUGUUAUGCCUGAUCAGUGUAUACUGUAUACGUAGUUCAGUAAAAUAACACUGUGUCCAUCUGAGAUGUAAUAACUAAGAAAAAUGUCUCUACAUGUAUCUGUUUCAGAAAAAAGCCCUAUGUACAACACAUUUAUUUUACCAGGUUACAGAAUGGUUGUGCCUCAUGAACCACUAAAGGUGUGGGAUAUAUAAUUCUACUGCAUGUGUAUGAGAUUAACCAGAUUAACAUGUUGCAAUUAAUCAAACGAUGAAUUAAACUUUUACUUAAUCAUUUGUUAAGUCUCGCAACAACCGUAGUACAGUAUUAAAUUCAAAUUCAUUCCUUAUCAUUUUUUACUGACAUCAGCUUACACAAGAUCACAAUACCUUCUGGUUACAUAAACAAACUGUCAAGGUCCAAAGGUUGUGUAGAUGCAGUACCCUUCAGGUCCUUGCCCUGCUCCAGCUCUCUAGUGGUUUGCACUGGUCACAUCUUUUAGCUCUGUAAUGAGAAACGUCAAGGGACUGACCUCAUUCAAGCUAGCAAGACGUGUUUCAUCUGAUUUCCACUUCAUAUCCUUCAGCUACAAGUAUCCUGUUUGAACAAUAAACAAGGAGGAGACAAAUUAGUUUUGAAGAGCUCAUCCCUGUGAGUUUUAGGUUUCAACACUUCCCACAGUUAGCUUCUCUAGCUGCAUGGACCUGACCAGGAUAAAACAGCGCUCGCUUUCUACUGUUUCCAGGGCUUUAGAAAGAAGUCAUGUGGGGAUUCUUCUUCUGCUUCACACCUUCCAUGCUUCUGUUCUCAGUUGCAGUGCUUUAUCAAUCAAAGUGGAUUCACUGUCUUGUGGAGGAAGGAACGAGGAAGCUAACUCGGGGAAUAUGGAUCAUCAUUUGCACGAUGUUGAAGCUUCCGAACCCUAGCGUUUUGUACGCCACUGGGGACCAGGAUGCAAAAAUCAAGCUGAUCUAUAAACCGACAGCUCUGGCAAGCUACGUCAUACAGAACUGUAAAGCUCUCGCACGUGCUCCAUUGGCUAGGUGGCCAAAAGCAGACCCUCAUUUACAGUUUUUUUUCAAUUUCAUAUUGCCCAUUGAGGAAGAUGCACAGGGACACUGUGGAAUCACCUUCACCAGAGAUCAUUUACUGAUACAAGAUGGCGGAAUUGUAGCCCUGGAUUGGGUAGUCAGGAUAAAAGACCAGGAUGCUCAGGCUAAGAGGGAAUAUUAUCCAGGAGAAAGAGCUCCAGGCGGCCAUACCAGCACUCCACCCAUUAUCAUUCUGAUUCCUAACGCUUUGGGGAAGAUCACACGAAAUUUGCUAAGCUUGUGUGGCUUGGCUUUGCAGCAGGGUUUCUACCCCGUGGUCUUCCAUCGUCGAGGUCACGGGGGCUGUCCGCUUGCUACUCCACGCUACCAGGAGUUUGGAGAUCCCUCUGAUCUGGUGCAGGCUGUACUGUAUAUUCAGAGCCGCCAUCCAUCUUCGGAUCUGUUUGCCGUCAGUGAAGGUUCCGGGUCUGGUCUGCUACUGUCGUACCUUGGGGAGCGUGGCUCAUCUUCUUACCUAGUAGCAGCCGCUUGUAUAUCCCCAGUGUUCCACGGACAACAGUUCUUUGAGACGCCUUUCCCAAAAUUAUAUCAUGAGGCAGCAUUGUAUUACCGCAAGCUGCAACUCAGCAGGUACGCAACUGCUCUCAGUUCAGUAAUGGAUGUCAAGGAAAUCUUCAGCUGUCGUUCUCUUCAAGACAUGGAGAAGUCGAUAUUCUGCUCAGUCAGAUUGCUAGACACCAGUCAGAAGGACACACUGGAUCAGGGCAUGGAGCUUGGAUCUAUACAGACUAACUGGGCAGGUUACUGGGAACGUAAUGAACCUUUGCGAGAUGCUGAUGAAAUUGCUGUUCCUGUGCUUUGCUUAUGCAGCACUGAUGACCCUUUACUACCUCCAGCUUCCAGCUUACCCAUGUCCAUCUUCCAGUACAGCCCAUAUUUCUUUCUGGCUCUGACGUCCCAGGGAAGCCAUUGUGGCUUCUUACAGCAGGAUCCUCAGAACGAUGCUUCAUGGAGCCAUGAAGCAGUACUGGAAUAUUUCCAGGUCGUCACCGAGUUCUUCACAGCUGAGGAAAGAAAAUGCUUUAUGGAAGGGUUUGUUGGAUGGGAUAGUGCCCAAGGGCUCAGGCAAAAAACAGGUGCCGUGGCUCACAGGAGGAGGAGACCAACCAUGGUGAGGACAGAGAGACCUGUCUUGGGUUCACAAAGACAACUCUCAACUCAAUCAAGACUGGUCACUUUCGAAGAGCAAGAGGCGUUCACCUGGAACAGAUCGUACACUCGAUGACGUGGGAAUUGCAACAAAGGUGGAAAUGGACAUGGGGAAAAAUUACAAGGUUUGACCGAAACCUGGGUGAGAGUGAAGAGGUAAACGGCGAUUAGAAAAGUUGAUGGGAACGGAAAUGUAAUUGACAACUGUCAAGUGUUUAUAAAGUGCUUAUUAUUAAGAUUUUAAACUUUUAUUUUCAUUCUAAUCUGUUCAAAAAAGAAAUUUGGAGUAAACAUAUUUCAUUUCCUGGAUUAACACACAAUGAUCCAUCCAUCCAUCCAUCGAAAUUACUUUCUAAUCUUCUCCCAUAACUACAAAGAAAUACAUCAGGACCAGUGUAUAUUAAAAUUACUUUAUUACAGAUGAUUUCUUUUUAAUCCAGUAGCCCUCUGCCAACAAAAGGAGUAAUUACAAACAAAACAUUACAUUUGUCCCCAUAAAGUUUUCAGAUUUUUCGUUUACAUUUUAAUUGGAUUUUUUUUUUCUUCUUCGUGUGAAUAGCCAUACAACUGGUUGUUAUAAUCUUUAUGACAUUCAGCUUUUCACAAUCUAUACAUUUUAAUACAGGUUAUAUAUGGAUUGUUAUGGUAAUGUUGAAGCAGAAAAAAAAAAAGGAAAAAUAAUUGAUAAUUCUGAAGGAAUACUGGUGAACACACUGUAACUGUACAUACAUACCCCUUUGCUUUGUUAUUGCCCAUUUCCCUCGUUCUCACGCUUUUAAAGGGAUCAUUAAAACAGGGGGACGUAGCGGGCUGCCAUGGGACGCAUGAGAUUACACUUCCGCAAGAAGACGCACCUCUGUCCUCUCCAUGCUGCUGGAGCUUAAAGGAGAGUGACCGACCUUAACCAGUGUCCAGGUGGAAUAAGCUGUUAUAUUUUUGGGUCUUGUGGCUGCUCUCCGGAUUCCAAUCGAGCAUUUAUGAGGUUGUGAAGUGAUUUUGGCAUGUUAGCUUCUCUCUCUCUCUCUCUUUUUUUUUUUAAUUUGGCCCCAAUCCUUUGAGGCCUGAAAGUGCAAUGGCUCAGUCGGCUUGUAACAUAUAAGCUAAAUUAAAGUUUGUUGACAUCUCUACAUGACCAGCGAUGCCAUGAGAACACUAGAGAACAUAUACAACACUAGUUGUUCGCUAAAUGACCGCAAAGACAAGCGUUCAGGGACUGAGAGUCUGGGAUGCAUUUGGGGGGGGGGCAGUUACUAGAACAUGAGGCAGACCUCCUUGGAUCAUGUGAUAAAGUAAGCUUCACCAAAAGGUCUCCGUUGCCAUCGGUAAAAUGAACAGCAGAAGCCUGACGAGCAACAACGUGGAAAAUGCAAAAACGCUAUUCGCGUCAGGGAGGAUGCAAGGUGUUGGAUUUUCCUUUAACAUGAUAUCUCCUGCUUUCAAUAUAUGUUUAGACACAGCUGGGUUUUUGUUAUUCCCUACAUAUUCAAGCAGCUAAUUUUAUACCUGGGUUUUAAAUUUGGGUAUUUCUUGGGCUCAUAGAUUUAUAAUAGCUUUUUUUUUUUUUUUUU